GUGCUUCGGCCUCCUGGUCGUCUCCUCGGAAGCGGCGCUCUUCUUCAAGAAGGAGAAGUAUGCAACCACCGGCUGCGCCGGUGGCGUGACGGAGCUGGAGGUCACAAUGAGCGGCGAGUGCACCGCCUUGCCCAACUCCCGGACCUGCAACGGCACCGGGGUGCUGCUCGAAACCUUCGUGGGCCCAGGCGCGAACUGCACCGAGAAGCAACCCCUGGUGCCGGACGAGUUCUUUGAGUUCGGCACCUGCGUCAUGAACACCGACAAGUACGUGGAAUGCGUGGACCUUGACGUGGUCACGAUGGAAGCGUACUCCGACGCGGCCUGCACCACCAUGACGGCGGCACCAAGCUAUCCCCUGAUGGCUUGCCGCGUUACUCAAACAGGCUCGGUGAAGACUGAGGUCGUGGACGGGACUUUCAUGCACACCUCGUACACCAGCAAUGAUUGCACGGGUGCCAACAUCUCUGCUGCAACCUGGGCCGUUUCCUGCGAUGGGGCGUGCAACGUAGGGGGUGGAGGAUCUGCGAAGGUCACCGGCGGCUGCGCGGCGACGACCACGACCACCACAGGAGCUGCUGCUUUCUCAACAGCGUCAUCUACAUCCCCUGCAGGUAUCACCGUCGCUUUGUUGGCUUGGAGCUUCUUCGCACGCCGUAGUGGGUUGGUGAUUUGA